GUCAAAUCCACUCUUCUAAAAAAUCUCCAAUAUACCCAACUUCACCCUCUCUCUAAAUUUCUCAAUCUCUCUCUAAAUUUCUCUCUCUAGAAUGUCCACUUCCAAAAGAAAGGUUAUUCUCAACACAAUCUCAAUAAACUUAGGUUGUAGUUGUAGGAGGCCAAAACUUUCAUCAAUUUUCAACCCUAAACCAAAAUCUAAAACACCCAAAUACCAAAAAUACCAUAAUAACUAUUCUUACUCUAAUUAUUCCUCUACUUCAAGCACUACAACUACUACUACUACUUAUAAUGAGUAUGGUUAUAACUCUAGAAACUCCACUUUCUCACCUUAUAUGGAUACUACAACUUCCUCUUCUUCUUACUCUAACCCAUGUUCAUCAAUGGUGGAUGGGUUCGGUCGGGCCGGGCCUAAAUCUAUUGCUAUUGAGAAGGAUUCAAGUGACCCAUAUGUGGAUUUUAGGCAAUCUAUGCUUCAAAUGAUUGUGGAGAAUGAGAUUUAUACUAAGGAUGAUCUUAAGCAACUUCUCAAUUGUUUCUUGCAGUUGAAUUCUCCUUCUCUUCAUGGGAUUAUUAUUAGGGUUUUUACUGAGAUUUGGAAUACUUUUUUCUUCUCUAGAAGAGCUGAAUUUGCUCCCCCUAGGUCUUAUGUUCGACCUAAAUCGUAUGAAAUUUAGGCGAACAAGAGUAAGCUACAUACAUCGGAUGUAAGGCUAAAGUAGUGUGACCCAGAGAGGUGGUUUGAUUUUGAGUUAAUUUUACUGAAUUUUUAGGUCUAAAUUAGUAAAAUUUAGG